UCACGUCAAAGCCGAUCUGCAUCCAAGCCUGGCCAAUCCGUCUUGAUGUGGCUGUUGCAUUUUCGGUUCGAAACGACCCGAUACAACUUAACAAAAUUAUUCGGCUUGUAGCUUCUAAACAUGUUGACGCUUACGCCGCUAUUGAGCCGCGUUACACUCGUCUUCACUUUGGGCUUUGCAUUUAGUGCCGCUGAUGAAAGUUGCUCGAUUGACGGUGGCUACAACUACGAAAGUUUGUUCAAUUCUGUCUGGAGGGCAGAAAUAAAGGGGCAUUGCUUAAGAUCGACGAACACCGAUUGUUCCUGGUACCUUCAGUUCUGCAAUAAGGUGCCCAUCAACCCCUGUGGUGUCGGGCAUGCAUGCGAGGUCAAUACCAGCGGUCUGGACCCACUCUCCAUAGGAACGUUCUGGAAACUACUUCCACAGGACCAUUCGAGCUUCAUUGUCAGGUUUGAAGAGGCCAAGGGGAGCAACGAAACCAAGUGCACGGAUAAGAAAAUUGUACUCAAUCUGAUCUUCAGUUGUGACGAAAAGAAAAACAUAGUCAUCGGGCCAGGGGCUGAGCUAACAAAGCUUGAUUACACUCCACUCAUCGUUUCUACCGAUUGCGAGCGCAACGUCACAAUCCCGUUUUCUGGUGCCUGCACCCCGGAGGCGCCCACUGGUGGUUUGAGUGCUGGAUCUGUUCUACUAAUCUUGUUCUUCAUUGCACUGCUGGUGUACCUGAUUGGUGGCAUCCUGAUCAACCACAACAACGGGGCACGUGGCUGGGAGAUGGUGCCCCACCACCAGUUUUGGAGCGAGCU